CAAAGUUAUUGUGAUGCUGUUGUUGUCAGAAACGAUUUAACACACAACCUUUUGAUGUGAGAAAUAAACACUUGAGGAUUUUACGAAAGUGAGUUACGUCAUUAUGGAUAAACAUAACAAACCGUCUGCCUUGAAUCCUUCAGACAAGUUAUCACCCACUGUGUACACCGACAGGUUGUCGCCACUGGGCUAUACAGACCGAGUGUCACCCAUGGGACAUAGUGAUUGGUUGUCACCCCAGGGUUACUCCGACUGGGUGCAGACUCGGAGCCGUCCUGACGGGGGAAGGGACGUACAAGUGUUGCCCCUCAGUCCAACUGAGGGGGGUAGGGAUGUCCGUGUUAGAGGGGGGCACAGAAAUGGUACCUCGCGUCCUGCCAGUACGGGCGUUUACUGUGCCCUGUGGGAGUCGAGGCUUCAUGAACUCAUGGAACUACUGACGCGGACGUCACUAGAGACGCACAAACUAGACAUGAUGGCGGAAAUAUCCAGCCUCAAGAUCAAGCUUGCCUCUUCAGACAAAGACCGGAGAGAACUGGAUGAACGGCUCAAGUUUUCACAGAGACAAAUCAAAGAAGUGGAAUCGAAGAUGGCCUUGAAAGACGCGGAGAUCACAGAGCUGCGUCAGCGACUGGUGCGCAACGGUACCGUGUUGACCCCCGACUCCAACGGAUCAGAGUCUUUACUCAGUGUUAGUGACCGCCCUGUAGAGAAAGAGAAAACAUUAGAUAGACUAAAACGCAAACAAUAUGAAGUCAAAAAGUUAAAGAAAGCUGUAGAUGCCUUAAUGUUCUCUAACCAAGAAAAGGAUAAAAGAAUAGAUGAAUUAAGAAAAUUAUUAAAACGUUACAGAAAAAUUGAGGAAAUGGUGAUACAAGCUCAAGGAAGGAAAGCUUUAGAAGAUAUGAUCAUCAGUGCAGAAGAUGACACAAGUUCGACAAGUUCUACCACCCCGUCCGUGUCUGACAGUGUCCCCAGGGACCUUCAUGAAGGUUACGACAGACACCACCCAAGUGCCACUAGUACUCCAGUCCACUCCUACCUGGACAAUGGAAACAACACCCCCUCACCAUCCAGUCAGAUGUCUACCCCUUCCCACAGAACACCCGGCAUACAGCGGUCAAACAGUGCCGAGGACGUCACACCCACCAAUCAAAAAAAAAAGCCGGUUUCAAACAACAACCAUCAGGAAGGCUACAGUAACGGGAGUAACAACAACAGUUUUGGUACGUUACCUAAAGAUCGUGUUCAGAGCGCGGACUUGGAUCACACAGAAGUACGAAAGUCUAGGGGGUUCCCGAGUCUGGGCAAAUCUCUGUUUCGGGUCAAAACAGGCAAAAGGAGUACUUCGGCCCCAAACCUAGCCCAUACAGAGGUCGUGACUGACGACGAAGACGGACUCCAACACGUGGGCAUGGCAUCAGACGUACCCUCGGAGGUGAAGAAAAAGAAGGGCCUCAAACGCUUCUUUGGCAAACUAAAGCGAAGUGGUUCACAAGAUUUCCAUGAAAGAGAGAGAGUGGAACAGUUCAGAAGAGGCGGGGUACGGGCGACAGCUUCAGGGCGAAUCGGAUGGUCAAAGGAACUCAAAUAUAACGAUGACCUUCCGUUCUCACGAUGGGAUGGUGAACGAGUGACUGCGUGGAUGAAUGACAUUGGUCUCAACAUGUAUCUGGUAGAAUGUCGACGCUGGGUGAAGAACGGGGAGCAGCUCCAGAAAGCUUCUGCUCAUGAACUGGAAAAGGAUAUGGGAGUGAAAAACUGUUUACACAGAAAAAAGUUACAGCUAGCACUGCAAGCUAUCGCAGCCAACUCGAAAGACCAGCUCAGCAUCCUGGACCAUAACUGGGUUACAGGUUGGCUGGACGACAUUGGUCUCCCUCAAUACAAGGAUGUGUUCUAUGAUGCCAGGGUGGACGGACGCAUGCUGCAUUUCCUCACAGUUGAUGACCUACUGGCUCUGAAGGUGACCAGUGAACUCCACCAUGUCAGCAUCAAGAGGGGCAUUCAGGUGCUUCGGUCCAAUAACUACAACCCCCAGUGUCUGAGGCGACGACCCUCACCAGACGAGGGACAGUUACAGAACAUCCCCGGUGGAGUGGUGUUGUGGACAAAUCACCGAGUGAUGGAAUGGUUACGUACAAUAGAUCUGUCCGAGUAUGCCCCUAAUAUGCGGGGGAGUGGGGUACAUGGAGCCCUCAUGGUACUGGAGCCUCGGUUCAACGCAGAGUUGUUUUCUCAGUUAUUGUCCAUCCCUACCAAUAAGACACUGCUGAGGCGCCACCUCAACACACACUUUGUAGCGCUCAUUGGUAACGAGGUUCAGAUAAAAAAGAGGGAGACAGAAUCAAUCCCAGGCUACUUACCACUGGUGCUUAAUGCCAAGGUCAAGAACAGGAAGUUUGGUUUGUUUGGUCACAAGAGGAGUAAAUCAGAUGCAGAGGUGGACAGCUUUAUCUGUCCGAUGGACAACGGCUUCUCAAACGGAAUGACGAGGAGAGAUAAGGAGAAAGCAGAAAAGGCAGCAAAAGAAAUUGGUGCUUUCUCAAAAGAGAUUAAUUCAUUAACAAACAUGUUGCAGAGUGACCUUGAUGAUGUGCCAACCUCAAAUGUGUGACACACCUACUUUAACUGUGAACACUAUGUGACACGCCCAGUUAAAGACACGAUGUGACACACCCACUUAUGGUGAACACUAAUAUAUGUGAAUCGCCCAGUUACAGUGAAAAUGAGGACAUUUAAUGUAGAAGCCAUUUGCUUUUCAAACAUUUGUGAUCAUCAUUGAUAUGCCAAAGUUUCAGCUUACCAAAAGCUUGCAAGUUCUCAGGGGAUGGGAACCCGACCCCCAACAGUGAUAAAAUAUGCAGAGGGGAAGGGUCAAUGUGAGCACGGUCACAGAUUCUGUAGGACAGGAGACUACAUGGUAACAGGACUCAACAUCUGUACCCCAACUCAACACCAUUGUUUGCCAAGGAAUUACAAAAGGAAUAUAAUUCUUACCAAGGAAUUAAGCAAUCACUUAUUUUCAUCACAGAACAUGUUUUGUUUUGCAGAUUUGUGGUCCGAUGUGAUAACUAUUGGAAAAUCUUCAGAAAAUACAGACGACUACUGUUGGAUUAAUUUUGAAAACAUAACAGGCAUUUUUUGUGUGUUUUUUUCAAGACAGAUAAAUCAUGCUACCAUUAUCACCUAAAGCAGAUGCCUCCUCUAUCUCUCUGGCGGGAUGUCUCUUUUGUCGUCACAAAUUCGGGAAUAACAUCUAUCUUGAUCAUCAAUUGUCCUAGAAAUGCUCAUCUCUACCACACAAUCUUUGUGAAGUGUGUCCGCCAUUCAGAUGUUCUAAAUUUGGUUGUUUAGUUUGAGAAUUUGUACAGAAGAAUUCUGUAUAUAUGUGCACAGGUGUGUAGAAACGUGAAGACAAACUAAUGUAUAAUGUAAUACAUGGAAAUCAACAGCUUUCCACAGUAAAACUACAGCAGUUUUAUUGUCCCCACACCAUUUCAUCAAUUCUCUGACAAUUGCCAUAUUGUUAGUGCUUUUUUAUAUAACGUUAUAUUUUAUACAUUUUACAUUUCAUGCAUUUGAUUGUCAUUUUGUUCCUAAUUGUUGAUUUGUCUCCCUUGUUCCUACCUGUACAGGUACAGUCAUUGUACCUAUCAUCAAUAGGUGUACUCCUAGGAUUGAUUAUUUCACAUCGUAAUAUUAUAUCACAAGGCAUUUAUUGUCAGAUCAUUUAUCUAACACUAACACAGCAACUUGUCAUUAACAAAAUUCAUUCUAUACAUUUGCCUGUAUGGUCUGUGUUGUUUAAGCUGGGUUAAGAUAGCCGAUAACACAGUAAGAACUUAUAUUUUUUCAAGUUAAUUAGACUUGAUAACUUACUAAAGCAAGGUCACUUGUAUACAGAUCCUAAAAGGACAAAAGUGUAAGAUUCCUGCCAAAGGUAAUGAUAUUGGUUGUAUUUAAGAACAUAAGCUGUACUAAGAAAUUAUUUCAGAGUUGUUUCUGGUUGUUUAUAUGCGAAUGCGAGUUGAUGGUUAAGAUUUAAAAAUACAAACAUAUUUUAAGGGUCAUUUAUUGAAUUGAUUUACCUGUAUUAUUGUACAAAUGUCCAUGUUUGAGGGUAUAUAUCUAUGUGGACAGUAUAACACUUACAAAACUCCUUGUUAUAUGUGGUACACUGAGGAUAUGGUGGUUAUCAUUAUUCCUCAUCAUUUGGUAUCAUUUGCAUGCUUAGUUGAUUCAUGCUGGACACAUUUCAGGCAUAUUUCAUGAUAGAGACACAUGUUUUGAUUAAGAUCAUUCUGAUUUUAAAUCUUUACUAGUUAUGUGAGAUCUAUAUUAUUGAAAUGAUUUCCUUAUCUGCUGGACAGAUAGUAUUGUGGAGAAUUAUUUUUUUAUCAUGAUUGAAAUUUUCAUAUGAUAUGGUAGAACAAUUCUGAUACUUUUACAAGUCUCCCCCGUAUCUUUUCCUUCCUGUCUGUUUUUUCUUUUCUUUUUUAAAUUUAAUUGAGACAAAAACUAAUUAUAACUCAGUAAUACCACUGGUUACUUAUUUUUGACAGAACUCAAAGUUUCCACAAAACUCGUAUUUGUUGUAUCAUUUUUAUUCAUUUCUGCAUACAGGUAGCUUACAAACUUAACAUGCUUACUACACCAAGGUUUAUAAUGGUAAUAAACCUUGCAUAUAUCUUGUAUUCAAUUUAAAAGAUUGGAUCAUGUUAUUUAAAUUUUGAUUUCACAUGGUGUAUGGUUUAUGACAAUGGAGUUAAAUGAUUGGAGUUGAUGUAUUUUUCCAAAGCUGGUGUAAUAAAACCAGCAUGUAUUGUGGGAAAUGAUAUAAAAUGUAUAAAUCUUGUCUUCCAAUUCAACUGAAAUUGUAAAAAAUAUCCCUAGAAUUUGUUUUCUUGGUUCAAUGUACCUGUAUUAAAAUUGUAUACUUAUCUUUGUAACACAGAUGUUGAAAGUAGAGCAACGGAGGGUGUUAUCGACAGGGGGGUAUUAUCGACCCCCGGUUCUAUUCAUCUCGUUUUGGAUCGAUUACCAACCGUUUUUCAGACACUCAGUGUUUUUGAUAGGUACACUUACCUUUUUCGGAAUCCCUCGGAACCGUUCCAUUCAGACAACACCGGUUAAACAAAUUUUCUGAACUUUUUUUUCCAAAAAGAAGAAUCAAUCCUGUUUUUAAACCUCCCUUACGAGCCCCGAUUUUUUUUUUCUGAAAUAUUUGUCACAUAAUGGUGUAAUCCAACUUCACCCAUGAAGCGUCUGCAACGUUUGUCAGCGUAUUAUCUACAUCCGGGGUAUUGUUAAGGUCGGAAAUAGGGUUGUCGAUAACUGCCGCAAUUUGAGGAUCGGAGGUAGUUAUCGACAGUAUGUAAAAAAAACACCAAUUAAUUUUUGUUUUAUCCAUUUAAAGCAUAUUUUUAUGAAUGACUUGUAAUUCAAAGUUGCCUGUAUGAUUUCAAUAUAUAUAUAUCGUGAAUUGUGACAGGUGAGAACAUGUGCCCGACAACAAUAGUAUGCUAAAGUCUAUCCAGUAAACAGACAUAACUUUACAAGCAUAACUA